CUAGACGCGCCGAGGCAGGCGCGCGGCGGGCAGGCCUGGAGGGGGCGGGUCCGCGCGGGCCUCCAAGCCGCCAGCCCUGCAGCGGAGAGGUCACGGCGUGAGGCCGCCGCCACAGUCGCCGCGAGGUCGGAGCGCCGGGCUGCACCAUGGCCUACUGCCGGCAGGAAGGAAAGGAUCGAAUCAUAUUUGUGACCAAAGAAGACCAUGAAACUCCAAGCAACGCGGAGCUGGUGGCCGACGACCCCAAUGAUCCUUACGAGGAGCACGGACUGAUCCUGCCCAACGGAGACAUCAACUGGAACUGCCCGUGCCUGGGGGGCAUGGCCAGCGGCCCGUGUGGGGAACAGUUCAAGGCGGCCUUUUCCUGCUUCCACUACAGCACAGAGGAUGUCAAGGGGUCGGACUGUAUAGACCAGUUUCGGGCCAUGCAGGAGUGCAUGCAGAAGUACCCGGACCUCUAUCCCCAGGAGGAGGAGGAUCGAUUAGAGGAAACGGCUGUCUCUGAGGCUGCCACAACCAAAGAAGAGGAGGGGUCUAGCUAAUGAGGGUCCUGGUCUCCAGCCUCCUUCAGAGAGGAUGAACCUCUCCAAGAAAGUGUCUCUCCCUCUGUUGUUCUGUGCACUGUAAUGUACAAAAUAACUUAUUGAGUGAUCAGGGGUCUUGGCCCCUUGACAUGUACACUGAAACAUGGGUUGUAUGUAUGUGUGUCUCACAUAACCUGUCAGCGAAUGUAGCCGCCACUUUUGAAUUCUCA